AAGAACGACGACGUUAACAAGAAAAGGGCAAUGCUAAGGAGAGGGCGGCAUGUCGGAAUCAGGCUCAAGGGAGUCUGGAGAUUAGCUCCCAAGUCGAAGGUUAAUUUCAGCUCGUCCGCGUACUGUUUUGAAGAUAAAACUCCAUAAAACCCUUCGUUUCAAAAUCAUAGCUUCUUCAAUUCAUCAGAGCACCGUUCAAUGGCACUAGCCAUGUCAAAUUUAUUGCAAUGCCCUAAUUUGCGGCUUUCCCAGAGGAAUUUUCGGCCCAAAGUCUCAGAGACAUCUUUAUCUUUUGUCAGGUUCUCAAAAAUAGAUGUGUGGAGUGGUAGAAGGCUUAUAUGCGCUGCUGCAUCUGCAGCAGGGAGUUCUAAUUCAGGCAGUGACUUAAAUCCAUAUGAGGUCCUAGGUGUUAGCCCUAUCGAGGGAUUUGACAUGAUCAAGGCAGCAUAUACGAAAAAACGAAAGGAGGCUGAAAGGAUUGGUGAUGAAGAAACUGCUGCCAGACUAGAAAAGGCAUAUGAUAGAGUGAUGAUGGCGCAAUUAACUAAUCGAAAGAAGGGCGUGGCUUUUGGUUCGUUCAAGGUUUCUAAGGACAUAAAGUAUGCUGACAAGCAGCCAAUUGUGCCUUGGGGUCCAAGGUUUUCCAAAUCGAGUAAAAAUGAUAUGCAUAUCAACCUUGCCAUAUCUGCUGUUUUUACAACUUGGGUCCUUGUCAGGCGUAAUGCAGAAUACAAACCUUUGCAGUUUUUGGCAUUUGCUUUUGUUUAUCGACUUUUUGAAAAGUUAAAAUCCUUUGAACCACCUGUUACCCCAACAUAUAAUGAAGAUGGUGAGGAUACAGGCGAAGGGCUGCGAAUGGGAAAACGAUUACUCCGAUCACUGGCUUUGGUUUUUGGCUGUAUAGCUGUUUCCUCUUUGGCAUACACUGGUCUUUUGAACUUCAUUGAGUUCUCAGGUGGCUAUAUACCUGCUUUACUUUACAACAGUCAGGAGUUGAUAAUCACCACUUCAUCGGCAGUCAUGCUUUACAUCAUGGCAUCAUUUUAUAGAUAGGGGAACUUCUGUGAACCUCAAGGCAGCGCGCAGCGAGUCAUCAUUGAGAAUAGGAGAUACCAUGUUCGUUUCUGUUGUGUACGUUUUGCUUUGCUUGAUUUUUGCUCUAUGAAGAGGUGUAUUCUAUCGUAGUGUUUCACUCUCAAAUUUUGUGAGUUGAGGUCGAGAUUCCAUAUCCAUGGAUGGUAUUAGCAAUGUUGGUUUCAAUUUUGCUAUUGUUGUUUGAUUGUAUCCAUUUUCUUCGAUAAUUCAUGUGAUGUUACUUGGUCUUGA